UCUAAAAAAUGUAAAAAAUAGAAAACUACAUAGUAUGUAUAAUCAAAUUUGUUGUAAGAGAUGACUAGCUUUCGGGAAAUGCGUUUCGAUGAUUUAUUUAAAAUUAAUUCAUUAGUUUUCGAUGCUCUCACCGAGGUUUAUAGCCUGACCUUCUUUGUGAAGCAUUUCUUGGGGUUUCCAGGACUCUCACAGAUUGCCGUAGCUCCAGGAGCUGAUGGCAGACCCAUGGGCUAUAUAUUCGGGCAGUAUCAGGUCAAGCGCAACCAGGAUCCCUAUGGUCAUGUGGCAGCAUUGACUGUAUCUCCGGAUUACCGACGCCUUGGACUGGCCACUGCUCUGAUGGAUUUUUUCUUUAUGGUCUCAGACCUUAAAGGAGCUUCCUACGUUAACCUCUUUAUGCGAAUCAGUAAUCGUGCUGCCUAUCAACUGUACACUUCUCUGGGUUAUGCUCAUCGCCAAACAUUCCUGGACUACUAUCCGGAUGAACCGAAGCCGGAAAGUGCCUACGAAUUGAGAAAGUACGUUCCCCGCCCCAUGGAGGUUUAAUGAGCAGUGAAGUCGCCUUCAGAUUAAAUUAAAAGUUUUUUUUUGGAUUACAUAGCUAAUUAAAGAAAAUCCAUUGAGGUGAA